CGCACUCGACCGAGGCUAGGCUUGGAUAUUUGAGUCAUCGAGUUUGAAGCUAUUCUUUAACUUUUUACAAUGUUUGCAUGAGUUAUGUUUUUGUUUUACAUUGUUUCUGCGCAUGUAAAGUCCUUGACUAGUGUUAUUCUUUUUUUGAAGAUAACACAGCGCUGAAUUCACAUGUUUUUUUGUGUUUUUGUUAGCUCGUUAGCCGAAUAACCUUACCAGCAUUUCUGUGGCAGGUUGUUUUCGUGUUUAAAAUCACCCACGUUUGGAAACAAAUGAGUUCCGCGCUGUCCCGGUAUUGAGACGAACCUCUUAACUGGUGUAAACCAAAGCCAGCAGCGGGAGUGUUAGUGUAUUUGGCCACGUUGUGCAGGAAUGUGACUGCGGUCCUGGAGCUGCAGGAUGGACAGAGACUUGUUGAAACAGUGUCUGGCGUUUCACGGAGAGUCUCUCUUCAACAAACUCCAAUGUGAACAAACGGAAAACCCGGAUUUCCAAGUGGUUGUGUCUGAUCUGUGCAAAGCCACGUGUGAACGAGGCGACGACCAUGACAGUCCUCUGGUGGAGCAGUUUAUUGCCAGAAAGGCGGACAUCCUGUUCUGUCCGACAUGGAAAACUGCCAAUCCUCAGAAACAGGAGUAUGAGGAAGAGGAGGCUACAGAGCCAUAUGCCAUCAUGCCACCGGUAGAGUUGUUCAUGGAACUUUCAUAUGAGGAGAGAAGAUCCAUGAUUUACAGGGAUUUGGAAAGAGGAGACAUUGUGGUGGGAAGGAUCAACAAUAUUCGAGAAUACGGCUUCUUUCUUACUCUGCUUUGCAUGGCAGGAGGCCUGAAGAGAGACCUAGAGGACUUAGAGUUGUCGGCUCUGUGCCAUGUCAGAGAAAUUCCCUCCACCGGCAGUCAUGAUGACCCCCUUUCCUACUAUCAGAUCGGGGAUUUCAUCAGAGCUGGAGUGAAAGACAUUGACCGUUACCAGGAAAAGAUUACAGUGUCUCUCCAUCAGGCCUCUCUUUCUCCCACCUUGGAGCACAUCAAACUGGGUGUCAUUACCAGAGAGGAGAUCCCCAUACACUACAGUCGUGGUGUUCGUGCAGCUGCUGACUCCAAUGAGACAUACGAAUGCAUACUGGAAGGCUGCCAUGGUUACCAAAACCCCUCUGUGGUGGACUAUCUGCUGGAGAAGGUGGGAAUCAGUGACACACACCCGCCGUCAUUGAUGCGAGGACUACAAAGUAAACUUUUCCAAGAGGAGGAUUUUGCAUCUGUUAUCAGGAAGAAGCAGUCUGCGUCCUGGGCCCUGAAGUGCGUCCGUGCAGGUGUGGACCACUUCAAACACAGUCGUCAUGUGGAAGCCAUGAAUGAAUACAACAAAGCCUUGGAAAUUGACACUAAUAAUGUGGAAGCGCUGGUGGCAAGAGGAGCUCUAUAUGCUAACAAAGGCAGUAUCAUGAAGGCUAUAUCAGACUUUGAACUGGCUCUGGAGAACUGCCCAGAUCACCGCAAUGCCAAGAAGUACCUCUGCCAGACGCUGGUGGAGAGAGGAAAACAACUGGAAGAACAGGAAAAACUAGUAACAGCGGAGGGAUUGUAUCGGAGAGCUUUGUCUCUCGAUGACUCAAACCCUGAGGCAAAGGAGGCCCUGCACAAAAUCACUGAUACCAUACAGAAAUCGAUUCGUUUACGAGAAGAGGCGCUCACAAAGGAGCAGGCCAAAGCUAAGGGCGGCCCGACCAGCGCUGAGAAAUUACGUAAGAUCUUAAAAGAGGAGAAGAGGAUGAAGAAGAAACGGAAGCGAUCAGCCUCUUCCUCGUCGUCCUCCUCCAGUAGCUCUUCUUCUUCCUCUUCUUCUUCUUCUUCAUCAUCCUCCUCCUCAACUCGCAAGAAGGCCAAGAAGAAAAAAAAGAAGCGGAGGAAGUCUGACCGUGCAAGUAAACGGCACCGCAGGAUCUCCUCGAGGGAGAGCAGGAGGAGCGAGGAGGGUAAGGGUGAGAAAUACAGAAAGGAGAAGGAUGAUGAUGAGGAGGAGGAGGAUGAUGAAGUAGACUGGUACCCUGCACCUUCCAACAUCUCUGCGACUUUUCUCAACCAGAAGAGUAGCCUCCUCUUUGGAGAGGGAGAUGAGGAAGGGAUAAAAGGGAAGGACAGGGAAGAUGGAGCGUGGAGCCAGUUAAAUUCUGUAAAUUCAGAGGAGGAAGAGUCAGAUUCCUCACGUAGAGAAGGAAAGAGAAGAGAAAAAACAGAUGGCACGAUGUGGAAACGAAAAAACAGCCAGAGUAGAAGCCCACAGAGAGAGGAGAUGAGAGGCAGGAGUAGGGAAAGAGGGGAUAAGAGCAGGGAGGGAGGGAAGGAAGAUAACAGGAAAGACCGGAGGGACAGUGACUCCAAGAGGAGGAGCAGCAUAGAGGAGAAUCAACCACGAAGGCUGUCCUCCUCCUCAGCUGAGGCCGAGUCUUCUCACAAGUCUAGUUCCAGACUUGAGUAUUCAGGAAACUCUGGUUCUGCUUCCAAACAUCUGGACAGGAGACUCAACUCCUUCAAAAGAAACUCCUUUGAUGGGGGUAGAAUCGAUAACCGAGGGAGACAGGAGGGGGGAGAUGCAAAACGAGAGAAGGAAAGCAGAAAGGGCAGAUCAGAGGAAGAGGGCAACACAUCCGCUCAAGGACAACUGAAAAAACCAGAGGACGCUGGAGAUCAUAACGGACAGAGCGGCAUGACGUCUAAAAAAGAGCUCCCUUCUAACCUGUUGGAUAUUUUUAACCAAAUCGCUCAGUUUGAGAAGGAAAAAGGAGUCAAACCCAAAAAAUAACCCUCAAAAUAAAAGCCCAUGACACGCCCACAGCUUGUACGGAUAUUGGAUAGAAUUUGUACCAUGAAAUCAUCAUCUGGACUGUUAAUCAGAAAUGCACAAAUGGCCAGACUUUCUGCCCUCAUUUAAUUACUGUCAGUGUUAGAGAAAAUCAUCAUUUUUACUGUGAAAUGUCUUGUGUGUUUUCUGGUCGACUUGCUUGCAGCUUCCAGGGUUUACCUUCAUAUUAGAUCAUCGUGAUGUAACUCAUCAUCUGAACGGCUUGAUUUGAACUGAUGUAUUAACUGAAUUGGUGAUUGUUGGAACUUUUUGAUUUAAAAGUUCAGUUAAAUUUGACUGCAAGUCGCUAAAAUAUUUGAAACGAGCUUUAAAAUCUUGUAUGUGAUGUCGAUAUGAUUUGGUCUUUUUGGAGAAAACUGCCUUAAGUAUUCUGCUCUGUGCCAUGUUCUUUCUGUGGUUUGUUGUAGUUCAUCACAAACAGCUUGGUUUACAGAUGUUCCAGAUGUAUUCCAAUAAAUUGACUGUGGAGAAAAAAGUGUGUG